AUGGGCCGAGGCAUGUGUAAGAACAUUGUGGAAAAAGCAGAUCUCUCGUCACCACUACUCCUGCACAACCGCUCGGUGCAACGUGCCGUCGACCUCAGCCACAAGCUCGGUUCCGACAAGACGGAAGUGGUGGAAGACCUGGCGGCUGGCGUGAGCAAGGCUGACAUUAUCUUCACGUGCGUGUCAAACGACGAGGCGAUCAAUGAGACCUUUGAAACAAUGUUACAGGGCCAUGUCAAGAACAAGGUCUUUGUUGAAUGCUCGACGGUGCAUCCCGAGACCACAGAGGCUCUGGCAAAGGCCGCCACGGCUGCAGGCGCCGAGUUCGUGGCCGCCCCCGUCUUUGGAGCACCGGCAGCGGCCGAGGCAGGUCAGCUCAUUGGGGUGUUCGCGGGCCCACGGGCGAGUGUCGAGAAGGCCAAGCCGUACUUCAAGGGCGUCAUGGCCAAGGCUGAAAUCGACAUGACCGACAAGCCCUACGGACAGGCGUCGAAGCUCAAGGUUCUGGGCAACACGUUUAUCCUCGCCAUGGUGGAGCAGCUUGCUGAGGCGCACACCGUAGCCGAGAAGUCGGGGCUGGGCACAGAGUAUGUCGACGACUUUGUGCAGGGACUCUUUGGCGGACCGUACGCUGCCUACAGCACGCGCAUGCUAGGUGGUGCGUAUCACAACAUGAAGGAGCCGCUAUUUGGUGUCGAUCUCGCGAGGAAGGAUGCUCGGCACGCGAAGCGCCUGGCAGCCGACGCUGGAGUCCAGAUGAAGAUUGUUGAGGCUGCCGAUCAGCAUCUGGCACAAGUUCAGGAGCAUGCUGGAAGCUCGGGGGACAUUGCUGGCAUAUACGGUGCUGUGAGAAAGGAGUCUGGGCUGAAGUUUGAGAAUGAUGCCUAA